AUGGCGGGCGACGAGUCUGGCACCACUCUUGGGCAACCGCAUCUGUCCAAACAAGACCUCACCACUUUAGAUGUGACUUCACUGACUCCUCUGUCUCCAGAGAUCAUCAGCCGACAGGCCACUAUCAACAUCGGGACCAUCGGUCAUGUGGCCCACGGUAAAUCCACGGUGGUCAAAGCCAUUUCCGGUGUCCACACAGUCCGGUUCAAAAACGAGCUGGAGCGAAACAUCACCAUCAAGUUGGGCUACGCUAACGCUAAGAUCUACAAACUGGACGACCCAUCCUGUCCACGGCCCGAAUGCUAUCGCUCCUGUGGCUCCAGCACGCCAGAUGAGUUCCUCACGGACCUGCCAGGGACCAAGGGCAACUUCAAACUCGUCAGACAUGUAUCGUUCGUGGACUGUCCGGGUCACGACAUCCUCAUGGCCACAAUGCUGAACGGAGCCGCUGUAAUGGACGCCGCGCUGCUACUCAUUGCUGGUAACGAGUCGUGUCCACAGCCUCAAACCUCGGAGCACUUGGCCGCCAUCGAGAUCAUGAAGCUGAAGCACAUCCUCAUCCUGCAGAACAAGAUUGACCUGGUGAAGGAGAGCCAGGCCAAGGAGCAAUACGAGCAGAUCCUGGCCUUUGUGCAGGGCACAGUGGCAGAGGGCGCUCCAAUCAUCCCAAUCUCUGCGCAGCUCAAGUACAACAUAGAGGUGGUGUGUGAAUACAUAGUGAAGAAGAUCCCUGUGCCGAUUCGAGACUUCACCUCCGAGCCAAGACUCAUUGUGAUCCGGUCCUUUGACGUCAACAAACCCGGCUGUGAAGUGGACGAUCUCAAAGGAGGCGUGGCCGGUGGCAGCAUCCUCAAAGGCGUCCUCAAAGUGGGGCAGGAGCUGGAGGUCCGGCCUGGGAUCGUGUCCAAAGACCAGGAGGGGAAGCUCAUGUGCAAACCCAUCUUCUCAAAGAUUGUGUCUCUGUUCGCUGAGCACAACGACCUGCAGUACGCUGCCCCCGGAGGACUCAUCGGUGUGGGCACUAAGAUUGACCCAACCCUGUGCCGGGCUGACCGUAUGGUGGGACAGGUGCUGGGAGCCGUGGGAGCACUCCCGGAGAUCUUCACAGAGUUGGAGAUCUCUUACUUCCUCCUGAGACGAUUGCUGGGAGUGCGGACGGAGGGGGACAAAAAGGCAGCCAAGGUUCAGAAGCUGUCGAAGAACGAGGUCCUCAUGGUGAACAUUGGCUCCUUGUCCACCGGGGGCAGAGUGAGCGCUGUCAAAGCUGAUCUGGCAAAGAUCGUCCUCACAAAUCCGGUGUGUACUGAGGUGGGAGAAAAGAUCGCCCUGAGCCGGAGAGUGGAGAAGCAUUGGCGUCUGAUCGGCUGGGGGCAGAUCCGGCGCGGCGUCACCAUCACACCCACCGUGGACGACGACUGA